CCGUGUCUAUGUGAAAAUGUUUGCUGCAGUAGCAUGCAGCACACUGUAAAUUUAAUCACAUUAAUCAAUUUACAUUUCUUUCUACAGGUGACUGGGGCUUGUUGUCUUUUCUUGGCUGGUAAAGUGGAAGAAACCCCCAAGAAGUGUAAAGACAUCAUUAAAACGACUCGCAGUCUGCUCAAUGACGUGCAGUUUGCACAGUUUGGAGAUGAUCCAAAGGAAGAGGUCAUGGUCUUGGAAAGAAUUUUACUUCAGACAAUCAAGUUUGAUUUACAAGUUGAGCACCCCUACCAGUUUCUGCUGCGCUAUGCUAAACAGCUCAAAGGUGACAAGAACAAAGUUCAGAAGCUUGUGCAGAUGGCUUGGACCUUUGUGAAUGAUAGGUUCGAUUGACUUUAUUUAUUUA